AUGGACAGUCCUUUUGCCAAAGAAUUGCAGACUGCAAUCAACGCCAUCCAACAGGCGGCCAAGCUGAGCCAGUCCGUCAUCUCGUCCGAGGACAAGGGCGUUGUGGAAAAGGAUGACCUGAGUCCCGUGACAGUCGCAGAUUUCGCGAUCCAAGCACUCUUGACCUCGUCCAUCCACCAUGUCUUUCCCAGCGACAAGUUCGUCGGGGAGGAGUCUGCCGCAGAGCUCAGGGAAAACACGGUCUUGCUCGAUCGAGUAUGGUCGCUGCUUCAACGGCUGAAGGAGCCAGAGACCGAAUCACUCUGCAAGCUUCCCACCAGUCCGGAUGAGAUGUGCGAGAUGAUCGACUGGUGUGGGAAUGGCAAGCCAGGGGGCUCGGAGUCCGGAAGGGUUUGGAUCUUUGACCCCAUAGACGGCACACAGACGUUUGUCAAGGGGCAGGCAUAUGCCAUCAACGUUGCACUACUCGAGGGUGGGAAGCAGCUUCUGAGCAUUGUCGGCUGCCCAACUAUUCCAGUCGGCGCCAGGGCCCCAAUCACCAACGAUACGACAGACCCAGCACGGCGUGGCUCGAUUGUCUUUGCCGCGAAGGGGUAUGGCACCUAUGUCCGCCCGCUGUUUGCAGAGACAAGUGAGGUGCAGAUUCAGAAAAUCGAGCCGCAUGCUGAGACGGCCGCACCUCAAGACCUUCGCUCCGUCACCUGCUUCAAUACUCUCGUAUCGGGUGUCGAUGAUGCCCACCAGGUCAUUGUUGAGAGGCUCGGAGUCGAGUUCCCCGGGUGCGACCUGCUGGGUUGGGUUCCUCGUUGGGUAACCCUGGCUCUAGGAGCUGCAAACAUGACCGUCUGGGUCUACAAACGCCGGGACCGAUCCGCAAAGAUAUGGGAUCAUGCUGGUGCUAUGCUUCUCUUUGAAGAGGUUGGCGGCAAAAUCACUGAUGUUGAUGGCAAAGAUAUUGACUUGACCGUCGGGAGGAAGCUGGUCAACAACUACGGUUUUGUUGCUGCACCAAAGGCACUACACGCUAGAGUUCUGCAAACGGUUCACCAAGUACUCAAAGAGCAGGGCAAAGACCAUCUUUUGGCAUCGGCAUGA